AUGGACCGCGCUCGCCGCGCAGCAAACAGCCGCCGCAAGCCCCAGGGAGCCUCUUCGUCUCCGCCGUCUGCGUCUGCCUCUGCCUCUGCCCCUGCGUCUGCGUCUGUGUCGGCCUCGGACGCCUCGCGGGAGCGGCAUCAGUCGUCGGCCAGUCCCAUCAUGGCGCAUGCCACUAACACUCCCCAAACCGCACCGCAACCGCAAGGCCGGCGCGCCAACAAAGGCCUUCAGCCUGCCUUUACCUUUUCCACCCCAGGCCCUGUCCGGCCGUCGACGCUGAGGAAGAGGUCAAAGACCAUGGACGACUACGCCGUGGCCGACGACGACUUUGAGCCCGACAGCAGCCCCAAAAAGGGCGGUCACAGCCUGCGCAAACGCGCGCGUGUCGACUACACCCUGGAGCAGAUUGACGACGACGGUGACUUUGCGGCUGCUGCCAACCCUGCCUCUGCCUCUGCCUCUGCCUCUGCUUCCACUUCAGCCUCAGCCUCAGCCUCGGCAGCGACAGCAGCAGCGGCAGCAGCAGCGGCGGCGGCGGCGGCAUCAACGUCUUCUUCAGCAGCCUCCCGCAACGGCAAGAAGCGGCGCACCGAGAGCUCGAACUACGACUCUGAGGAUCUCUACGGGCCCAGCCCCAAGCGGCGAGGCGUCUCCGUGGACGCUGACACGCCCUCGAACCGGCGCCGCUCGUCCGCCCGCAAGCUGGUCGAGGCCAAGGCCUACAAGGACGACGUCGACGACGACGAAAAGGACGUCCAGGACACCAUUGAGGUCGGCGUGACGGCCUUUGCAGGCCCCGACGAGUCGCCCUCGGAUGCCUCGUCUGCAGACCUGUCUCUGUCUCUGUCUGCCGGCCCACAAAAAUCUACACCCGUGCAGCAGCAGCCAGCCUCUGAGCAACAACAGCAACAGCAACAGCAGCAUGACAGCAGCAGCAGCAGCACGACUCUUGCCGGCCUCGCCGACCAGCAUCGCGACGCUCGUGCUCCGGCCUCAGCCUCGUCUGCCGCCGCUGCAGAUCCGGAUUCCUCCAGCAUGGCCGCUGGUUCUGCCGCCGCGGCCACCGGCGCUCUCAAGCCGCACUCACACUCACCCUCUCACUCACCCUCGCCCGCUCCCGCAGACGCUCACCAGCCAUCAGCGUCCGUGCACGCGCCACACCUCACCACCGCACCAGCCACAAACCCUCCUGAAGGCCCGGCCCAGCCACAACCCAAACCGCAAGCCCGCGACGCCACGUUUGUGCCCUUGUCUGCUUUGGACGAUACAGUUCAAGGCGAGCACUCGGUAGCAAAGCCAGAGGCAGAGGCAGAGCCCGGCACAUAUAUAAACAAUGGCAUCAACAACCCAAAGACCUCUGAAGAAGAAGCUGUGCCAUCUUCCGUCUCUCUCCAUCCGCCAUCGUCGCCGCUUCCUGCAUCGCAGACUGCCGCAGACGACGCUUACACGCCUGUGCCACCCGCCGCUGACAAAGACGCUGCUGAUGCUGGAGCCGCCGCACCUCUCGAGCCGUCUCUCCAACUUCCCGAAAAGGAAAUUCGCCAGGGCCGCGCUGUUGAGCCGCAGGACAGCGAGACGCCUGCCCAGCCGCGGCCUCAGUCUCGGUCCGGGCCUCGAUUGAGCCCUCAGCCUGCUGCAUCCGCCUCGGCUUGCGCUCAGGAGCAGCCAUACUAUCCUUCGACUGCCGCUCACCUGUACACCGUGUCUGCCGCAUUGGCGCAGCCGCCUCAUCCUCAACCUCAACCUCAACCUCAACCCCAACCUGAAGCUGAAUCCCAGCCUCGAACUCAAGACCAAAACCCCCAAGAUCAAGAUCGAUAUCAAGAUCAAGAUCAGCCUCAUACCCCUGCACCAGACAUGUGCACCAUCACCCAGGAGCAGUCGCCAGAGCAAGAGUCCAAGGCCUCCAGCCCUGUGCCUGCCGUGGCCAUAUCCGUGACCGUCGCCAGCUCUCCGGCCUCUCCCACCACCUCUGGCUUCGACUCGGCCAUCAUGGAGGCCUCGCAGUCGACAAGCGCCGAUACAAAGUGCGCCGACCACCUCAUGCCCCAGCCCGAGGGCGACGCCGUCACCGCUCAGCCAUUGGCGGAUGAUGGGGUUCCCGACUUGGAGGCGGAUUCCGCAAGCCGAGCAUCGCAAGCUCUCUCCGAGCAAGACGCAUUGCCCCGCGAUUCCGUUCUCACGGGCAAAUGGAGUCACCUUACCCCUUACAUUGAAGGCGAAUAUGUCUGGUAUCCCGAGAAGAAGGCGGCCCAAGAAGACGAGGCCGUCGCCAAUGAGUACCCGGCUGCCGAUGACUUGGAGCCGGUUGUCGAGGACAACGACGAUGUCGCCGACGCCCCUGGCACCGGCCAGCCCUCCAACGCGCUCAACACCCCGCUGCGAGGAUCGCCCGUGCUCGACUCCAUGGACCCAACCGCCUACAACUCUCCCGCCGCUGCUGGAGAGGACGGCGACGAGGUGGACGUGUCCGAGGAGGUGCCCGAGCGUAGCCGAUCAUACCGCUACCGCAAAAUCAGGUCGCCCGAGGAGUUCAUUGAGCUCAUCAAAGACUAUGAAAACAUGCCGACGGAGGAGCUCGCGCAGGCUCUGCACGUCGUCACAAACGCCAUGGCUCACUGGCAAGACGAGUGGAACGUCCUCGGCCAAGAGGUUGACGACUACGAAAACUCGCUCCGCCGGCGCGCGGCAGACGCCAAGUACGAGAAUCGCACACGCAACCUGAACCAGCAGGGCAUCAGCUGGGAGGAGCCCGAGUUCGUCGUCAAGGGAUACAAGGCCAAGGACAAAGAAGGCAUGAGUGAGACGCGCUACCUCCAGAGCCAAGACAAGAUCAUGGCCGCCGCCUACGGCUUCGAGUACGAUCCGCACCCAUCCAAGAUUGGUCGCCAGAAUCCAGAGACCCAGCAGGCGGGCAUCAUGACGCGCGGCCGCUCGCUGCGCAACCAGCCCAAGCCCACGGCCAAGGCCACCGAGGCGGACGAGGUCACCGGCAAGAGGCAGCGCAAGCCCGUCCAGCUGUUCGACCCGGCCACGCAGGACGUCAGCCGCGCCGCGACGCCCGUGCCGCCCUCCAGGCCCCGCCGACGCAGGACCGCCAACGGCGACAACGACGACGGCCAGGCCAACGCCACCCCCGUCUUCAACGGCGAGCCCGUUGCCUCCGAGGAAGAGGCGACGACCGGCGAUACCAAGCGAAGACGCAACCGCGCGACCCGCCCCAAGGCCGCUGUCGUCCCCAGCAUUGUCGAGCAGCUCGUCGCCGCCGCCCCUGCCAUCGAGGAGCCCGCCGUGCCAACCCCAUCCAGGUCGGGCCGCAAGUCGCGUGCCAAGCAGCCCGUCAAGUACGACGACGAGCCGGUGCCCUUCCCCUCCGUCGAGGAGGAGGAGGAGCAGCAACAGGAAGAGGAGAAGCCUCAGCAGCCGCGGAAGCGCAUGCUCACCCUCAAGAUCCCCAAGGGCAAGAACUUCAGCGAGCCCUCUUCGGCCAUUACGGACAAUGGCGAUUCGCGACCUUCGACAGCCAAUUCCGAGUCUAGUGUACACACUGCCGAGUCGUCGUAUUCGUUCCGCCCCAAGCGCCAGAAGCGAUUCCGCGACGAGCCCGAGGAGAGCGAGGAGGCCGCCGCGCAGCCUCCUCCCGCCAAGAAGAGGAACAAGCGCAACAACGCCGCCCCUGCUGCUCCCGCGCAAGCUCCCACUCCCACUCCUGUGCCUACCAUUGAAGAUGAGCUCGCUGCCGCAGAGCCCAUCAUCGAGGCCGACGCAGCUACCGGAAUCAAUGGUCGCAAGAUCCAGAAGAUCAAGGUUGUCCGACAGACGCCCGCCAGCCGCAAGGCAACCCCAUCGGCGUCGGUGCCACCCACCGGCGAGGAGGCUGAGGAGCCCCAGAAGGACUACAAGUCCAUGACCAAGUCGGAGAAGAUGUCCGCAUCUAUGAAGAGUCGAUGGGCCAAUGGCAACAUGGCUGGUGCUGUCGAGAAGCGAAAGGCGACCCUCGCUGCGAAAAAAGCCGCCCAGGCAGCGGCUGAGCAGAGGGUUGGACUGAUCGCUCCGAAGCCCAAGGUGAAGGCGGCCAAGAAGGAGCCAGUCGAGCAGACGGAGAUGCCUCCGGCUUAUGCUCCUCAGCAGCCGCAGCCGCAGAUUCCCGGAAUGGAUUAUCCGUUCCCUCCCUCCUAA